CAUGGCACAUGGAGGACAUAGAGGAUGACAGAGAAUUACAUAAGGUCUGAGUGACCCAUUUGAGUGUCCUCGACCUUUAGGCUUUGAUUAUAUCAUCCCAUUGAUUUCCUAGCUAUCCUUCUCUCUAUUGAUGUCUGUCGCUGUUUAGUUCGUAUCUCUAUAUAAUUGUCAUAAUGGCUGCCCCUGUAACUAUACCAAAGCUUCUAGACUUGACGAUUGACAACAUCACGCCGAAUACGAUUCGGAUUAACUCGCAAUGCCAAAAUCCGCGCCUACGAUAUUUGAUGUCGCGGCUGGUGACGCAUCUGCACGACUUCGCUCGAGAGACGCGGCUUAGCACAGACGAGUGGAUGGAAGCGCUCAACUUUCUCGUGGGCUGUGGACAGAUUAGUAGCGAUGUGCGCCAUGAAUUCAUCCUGCUCUCAGAUAUCCUGGGUCUCUCCUUGUUAGUCGACAGUAUCAACCACCCAAAGCCGCCGUCGUCAACCGAGGGCUCCGUCCUAGGACCCUUCCAUACGCAUGAUGCACCGACGUUGCCUAAUGGGUCGAACAUGGCGUCGGACCCCGAGGGAGAACCGCUACUGUGUAUCUGCACCGUAAAAGACACGGCAGGAAGGCCCGUGGCAGACGUCAAGAUUGACAUCUGGGAGACAGAUAGCAGCGGCCACUAUGACGUGCAGCACUCCAAUCGCGGAGAGCCCAGCGAACGAUGCGUUAUGGUGAGCGACAGCGAGGGUCGCUUCUGGUUUAAGGGGAUCAAGCCCGUGAGCUACCCCAUCCCGCACGAUGGUCCCGUGGGGAAACUCCUGGAGAGACUGGGCAGACAUUGCUGGAGGCCCGCGCAUUUACAUUUCAUGUUCGAAAAGGAGGGAUGGGAUCAUUUAAUUACGGCCCUCUAUGCGCGCGGUGAUCCAUACGAGACAUCAGACGCAGUAUUCGGCGUGAAGCAAAGUCUAGUAGUAGAUUUCGAGAAGGCCGACGCAGCAACGGCGAAAGAAUACGACUUCAAGGAAGGGGGUUUAUUGUUGAAACAUGACUUUGUAUUAACAACGAAAGAGGAAACCGAAAGACUGAGGGACGAGAACGCAGUAAAGGCCCUCGCGCAGCUUGGAUUGCAGUUGAAGCUUGUCGAUCAUCUGCCUGUACCUGAGUUAGACUAGAUAUAUCAGGUAGCUAGAUAGUGCUGCAUCGAUGUUUAUUCAGAAUCUUUGAUCCUUAUAAGACGACUCUUGGCCUAUUGCUUUGUCCCUCCGCCUAAACGCUAAAGCUCGACUUGGAACCAGAUAGUCAAGGCAGUUUAGCCCCUAGCUAUAAUUACACGAAGAUUAAUACCCUUACCCCUCGCAUCAUUCCCUAACCGAUGUUAUUUGAGGUGGUAUAGGCCGGCUUCCUCCACGGUACCACUAAUACAGCUCGAACCCGAUGGUUCUAGACUAUUGAUCCCAUGUUAGGGAAUAAGGAGGUUUGCCAUACCUAGCUCGUCCAUAUGUGCCAUAAUUCUAUAAAGCUGUGAAAGCGGCUAGCUUAGACCCCUUAUACCUUAUUAUCUUUUUUACCCCGUAGAACAGGUGUCGUGGCAUGCCGCAUCUCAUCCCAGCCGUAUCCGUAAUCUGUACGAUGAGAACCAGCCAC